UGAACCGCUGACAAUGGAGCGCGUUGUGGCACUUAUCGGAGUCAGUUUGCUUGGCUGGAUCACUGAUACAAUAGCUCUCCGGGAUGUCCAGCUCAUAGCCCCGUCAGCUGUGAGGCUCGGAGACACGGUGCUAUUGGGCUGCAAGUGGACCCUCGAAGGCAACGAGACAUUAUACAGUGUGAAGUGGUACCGAGGGAGGCAGGAAUUCUUCAGUUAUCUGCCUAAAGAGUUUCCAUUCACGAGGAUUUUUGCACAGCCUGGAAUCGAUGUUGAUGUCUCCAGGUCGACGUCUCAGCAGGUGGUACUCCGGGACGCGACCAGAGCACUGGCAGGAAGAUACCGCUGCGAGGUAUCAGCCGACGCACCGUCCUUCCACACGCAAGUCCGGUCCGCCUACAUUCAUGUCGUUGAGCUACCGCCUGAGAAGCCCACCAUCAAAGCGGAGAAGGGUUGGUACGCGUCAGGGGACUCCCUCCGCGCGCAGUGCACGUCUCCACCUGCCGACCCCCCGGCCAAUCUCACGUGGCUGCUCAACGGGCGAGAUAUACAAGGGAAGCCGGUAAUCCAGCAGAGGAUUCUCCCCAGUCCCGUGGUCUCCAUAGAUGCGCCACACAGCCGCAGCACGCCGCCCCCUGGAGACGAGAACUCCAACAUCAUCUUUAGUCCAUGGAAAGCGUUUGGACCUUUUGUUGACACCAUUCAGGAUGGUGAACUAAUUCCUAGUCAAGACACAGUGGUGCUGCCUACCCCGAGACUGCAAGAGGCUACCCUAGAUGAGGAUGCAACAGAUCCUAUGCCUACGGCGCAGACAUCUAAUAAGGUGGCCUCGAUAAGCCAGCUCUCCUUCAUGGUCAGGCCGGACAGCUUCGAGCGUGGCCAGCUUCGCCUGACCUGCAUCUCCAGUGUACACUCGGUUUACAACGAGCAAGCUGAGCUGGUCAUCAACGAAGAGAGACCUCAGAUCGCCUCAGUGCUGGGCACUAGGGACGCUGCUGGAGUAAUUUCCAACUCAAACCUAACAGCGCAAUCGUUGGAUAUAAUUCAAAAUCGCUUCGACAGUUUUACGAUUUUCGACUUUAUUAGUCCAGUUCAAGAUUUAUUCUCGCAGUAA